AUGAUCUCGGAGGCCUAUCCGGAAGUCGACGAAGAUCUCUCAAGCUCGGACGACGACUGCAUGCACUCGGAAAACGAGGCGGGGUGGCGCGGCAGCGCACACAAUGGUGGGCGGCUGCCCGAUUUGACCCGCCACGACGACGACGACACACAGCGCAGCCGCCGUAAGCGCGACGUGGCCGCGCUGUCUGACGCAUCGCGCCUGACGAAGCGGCGGCGGCGGCAGGGCAAGCGUGACGACCGCAGCGACCCGAAGCCGAUCGAGCCGCUGGAGCGCGACAGCAGCGGCCGCGUGGUCUUCCCGAUCGUCAUCGGCAAGGGCCAAGAUGAGGUGCGCAUCCACGACCUGGGCCGCGUCGUGUGGGACCGCGAGGCUUACCACACCGUGCGGUACAUCUGGACCGUGGGCUUCCGCAGCACCCGCGUCUGCCCCAGUAUCAAAGAUGCCAGUGCCCGCUGCGUCUACACAUCCGAAAUCCUCGAUGGCGGCGAACUGCCCGUAUUCCAGGUCACCGCUGCCGACAUGCCCGACGAGCCCUUCCGCGCCAGCUCCUCCAGCGGCGUCUGGAAGCAGAUCCUCGAUAUCCUGAUGGCCAACGGCGUCGGCGUCAAGACACAUGCCAGCGGCCCGCAGAUGUACGGCCUCAGCAAUCUGGGCAUCACCAAGGCUAUCCAGGAGCUCGAAAACGCCGGCCGCUGCGCCAAAUACACCAUGCAGCGGUGGGUCGAGCCCGGCCAUGAGCCACGCACCGACACGUCGCCGCCCGCCCCCGCCGAGGACCGCCAGUUUGCCUACAACAGCUCCAACGAAUAGCCGAGGCAGCGCUCCCUCUGCG